AUGUCUGAUAAUGGAAGCUAUGAAGAAGUCGACUCUACGAACAACAAGCUAAAUUAUAGACACGCUGCGUUUGGCGAGGAAAACGACGGUCUCUUACCCAUGGCCCAGCAAGACUUAAAGCCCAAACCCAACAGCAAAAGUGUUCGUACCAAAUCUCAAAAAAACCUUUUACCGCAGGAUCGAACAUACUUUAUUGUGCUUAUCUUGCUAUAUUUAUUGCAAGGUGUCCCCGUGGGAUUGGCGUUUGGCUCGGUACCGUUUAUUCUCAAGGAUAAGUUAACUUUUUCACAAGUUGGUGUAUUUUCCCUAGCAGCAUACCCAUACUCUUUAAAGCUCUUAUGGUCACCUUUUGUGGAUUCCAUGUACUCAAAAAAGGUGGGGAGAAGAAGGUCUUGGAUCAUUCCUGUACAAACCAUUUCUGGUAUUAUCCUAAUAUAUCUAGGGUUUAUCAUGGACGAUUUAAUGUUGGACCCACGCAAACACCUCAAGAUUAUUACUGGGUGUUUUUUUAUUCUUGUAUUGUGCUGCGCCACGCAGGAUAUUGCUGUUGAUGGUUGGGCAUUAACCGUGUUAUCACCCGAAAGUCUAUCAUUUGCCUCUACAGCGCAAACCAUUGGCAUGAACUGUGGUUAUUUCAUGAGUUUCACCAUAUUUCUUGCAUUGAGCUCACCAGAGUUUGCUAACAAAUAUUUAAGGUCUGCCCCUCUGCAAAAGGGUUUAUUUUCUCUAGGCGAAUAUUUGACCUUCUGGGGAGUAAUGUAUCUUUUGAUAACUAUAAUUGUUGUCUUUAUUCCUGAAGAUCCAAAACAUUUGGUCGAAGUGAAUAGAGAGAGAAUGGCCAAGGAGAAACAAUAUGCGCUUUCAACUUACAAUGAGAAAAAGAGAAACAAGUUGACUCAAUUGACCGAUGUUUACUCGUCGAUGUACGAAGUGUUGAAAUUGCCCAAUGUUCAAACAUUUGUUGUAAUUUUGCUCCUUGCAAAACUUGGGUUUCAAGUUAAUGAAGCCGGUACGAAUUUGAAAUUGUUAGAAAAGGGACUAAGCAAGGAGGAUUUAUCAAUCACGGUUCUAAUUGAUUUCCCAUUCGAGAUGAUCUUUGGGUACUAUGCAGGAAGGUGGUCGACGGGGAAGACACCUUUAAAACCUUGGCUCUGGGGAUUUUUGGGAAGAUUACUUGCUGCAACACUUGCACAAUUUGUCGUUUACUUUUUCCCUCAAGACAGACAAGUUUCCAAAGUAUAUUUUCUUGCAAUUAUUUUGCAACAUCUUCUUGGUUCAUUUAUGUCAACAAUCCAAUUUGUUUCACUAUGUGCUUUUCAUACAAAGAUUGCUGACCCGGCUAUUGGUGGUACGUAUAUGACUACAUUGAGCACGCUUUCCAAUUAUGGUGGCACAUGGCCGAGAAUAUUUAUUUAUUUCCUUAUCGAUAAGAUCACAUUGAGCAAAUGCCAACUUCCUGGAGAUGGUCAUUUUCUUGUCAACUCAGAUGAAACAAAGAAGCAAUGUGAAUAUAGUGGCGGUAAAAUUGCAAUCAUAAGAGAUGGAUAUUACUACACAAAUGCUUUGUGUAUUGGGUUGGGGAUCAUUAUUUGGUUCUGGGUAAAGAGAAAAGCUGCAUAUUUACAAAGCCUUCCAAAUAGUGCGUGGAGAGUCAAACGGUGA